UCCCCCAUGGAGUCCGGCUCCAACCCAGUCUCGGUUUUACAGCCCCAGUCCGACACCUGCGUCUGGGAAGCGUCUCGCUUUUGUGACUGCACCGCUUUUUGUAGCUCCUCAAGCCAGUUUUUUUGCUACGGAAAUUAUUAUCACAGACUCUUCUAUUACCAUGAGUGUCCUUCAGAACGUGUUGUCAGAACUUCGAGUCCUUCACGCAUGUGAGCCGGGGUCAAACUGUGCAGAUUAUGUAGAGAUUGUGGCGCGCUACCAGGCUGCACAUGUGGAAUGUCCGGGCGCCCAACAGAGGCUGUACAGCUGCAUGCUGAUACUGGAGAUGUCCGGUCCGGUCAAUGAGUGCUCCCUGGGAACGCUUCUGCAACAGCUGAUCAAUGGCAUCCCUGGCAUAACAAGCCAAACAGCACUUAAAAGACUGAUGGUUUGUGGCCCUCCUGGGUUGAACGUCACCAGCUUCCUGACAUAUAAUCUGACCUGGGCAUCCCUCAACCUGCUGAGCUCUGACAUCUGCCAGCCUGACCCCUAUCAGUUUGAAUGCCAGCAGGAUGAGACGCUUGCUGUUCUCCUAAUUAACACCUGCCCUCAGACGCCUCUCACAACCAACAACAGCACAGCGCCGACCUCCACUUUGUCCAACAACACCGUCAGCACAACUCCAGAAGUGAACAACACCACACAAGCCUACACAACUCCACAGACCAAUAUGUCACAAGAGACGGCUCAACCUAACGCCACAGCUCCACCUUCCCAGUCUGCAGCUACACAACCUGUGCCACAAGCCAGCUCACCUGUGGCUGUUCUUGACAAAACAGAGGCACAGUACAAUGACCAACCCAACACAACCACUAACGCUGCACAACUAAACACAACUAGGGUGUCUGUCAGUAGCUCUACAGAGAACAUCACACAAUCUCCUGCAAUGCAGUCUACAAAUGAUUCAGCAGUGCAAAGUGAAAAUGCAGUUGGAGCUUUGACACGUUCACCAUACAACACAACUACAGUUACACCUUCUAGUAGCACAACAGAUUAUUAUGUAGGAGCAGUAGAAGCAUUGACACCCCCUCCAAAUGACACAGCAGCGAACAGUGUAACAACAGCUCAGCCUGUUACAGGACACAUUGUAAUAACAUCUGGACCUCUAAGUGACACAACAGUGAACAAUAUAACUCCAACUUCACCUGUUACAGCUUCUCCAGUCAACACAACAAUGAGGAAUGUAAUAUCGACUCGAGCUUCUGGUGACACAAUCGAUAACACUGCAACAACAACUGGAGCUUCUAGUGACACAACAGGAUACAGUGUAACUCCAGCCCCAGCUGUUACAGCGUCUCCAGUCAAUACAACAGUGAACAAUGUAACAACACCUGGAACUUCUAGUGAAAAAAUAGUGACCAAUGUAACUUCGGCUCCACCUGUUACAGCUUCUCCAGUCAACACAACAAUGAGGAAUGUAUUAACAACUGGAGCUUCAAGUGACACAGCAGUGAACAAUGUAACUCCAGCUUCAUCUGUUACAGCUUCUCCAGUCAACACAACAAUAAAGUAUGUAAUAUCGACUGGAGCUUCAAGUCACACAACCGAUAACACUGCAACAACAGCUGGAGCUUCUAGUGACACAACACGUUACAGUGCAACACCUGGAGCUUCUAGUGACACAACAGUGAACAAUGUAACUCUAGCUCCACCUGUUACAGCAUCUCCAAUCAACACAACAGUAAAGAAUGUAAUAUCGACUGGAGCUUCUAGUGACACAACCGAUAACACUGCAACAACAGCUGGAGCUUCCAGUGACACAGCAGUGAACAAUGUAACUCCAGCUUCACCUGUUACAGUUUCUCCAGUCAACACAACAAUGAGGAAUGUAUUAACAACUGGAGCUUCAAGUGACACAACCGAUAACAUUGCAACAACAACAGCUGGCUACAGUGCAACAGCUGAAGCUUCUGGUGACACAACAGUGACAACAACAGCUGGCUACAGUGCAACAGCUGAAGCUUCUGGUGACACAACAGUGAACAAUGUAACUCCAGCUCCACCUGUUACAGCUUCUCCAGUCAACACAACAAUGAGGAAUGUAAUAACAGCUGGAGCUUCUAGUAACACAAUGGUGAACAAUGUAACAACUGGAGCCCCUAGCAACACAGCUGGCUACAGUGCAACAGCUGAAGCUUCUGGUGACACAACAGUGAACAAUGUAACUCCAGCUUCACCUGUUACAGCUCCUCACAUCAACCCAACAAUGAGGAAUGUAAUAUCGACUGGAGCUUCUAGUGACACAGCAGUGAACAAUGCAACUCCAGCUCCACCUCCUACAGCAUCUCCAAUCAACACAACAGUAAAGAAUGUAAUAUCGACUGGAGCUUCUAGUGACACAACCGAUAACACUGCAACAAUAGCUGGAGCUUCAAGUGACACAACAGAAUACAGUGCAAAAGCUGAAGCUUCUAGUGACACAACAGUGAACAAUGUAACAACUGGACCCACUAGUAACACAACAGGUUACAGUGCAACAGCAACGACACCUGGAGCUUCUGGUGACACAACACGUUACAGUGCAACAACUGGAUCUUCUAGUGACACAACACGUUACAGUGCAACACCUGGAGCUUCUAGUGACACAACCGAUAACACUGCAACAACAGCUGGAGCUUCAAGUGACACAACACUGAACGAUGUAACAACUGGACUCGCUAGUAACACAGCAGGUUACAGUGCAACAGUGGGUGCUUCGAGUGACACAACAGUGAGCAAUGAAACUCCAGCUCCACCUCUUACAGCAUCUCCAAUCAACACAACAGUAAAGAAUGUAAUAUCGACUGGAGCUUCUAGUGACACAACCGAUAACACUGCAACAAUAGCUGGAGCUUCAAGUGACACAACUGGUUACAGUGCAAAAGCUGGAGCUUCUAGUGACACAACAGUGAACAAUGUAACAACUGGACCCACUAGUAACACAACAGGUUACAGUGCAACAGCAAUGACACCUGGAGCUUCUAGUGACACAACACGUUACAGUGCAACAACUGGAUCUUCUAGUGACACAACACGUUACAGUGCAACACCUGGAGCUUCUAGUGACACAACAGUGAACAAUGUAACUCUAGCUCCACCUGUUACAGCAUCUCCAAUCAACACAACAGUAAAGAAUGUAAUAUCGACUGGAGCUUCUAGUGACACAACCGAUAACACUGCAACAACAGCUGGAGCUUCCAGUGACACAGCAGUGAACAAUGUGACUCCAGCUUCACCUGUUACAGUUUCUCCAGUCAACACAACAAUGUGGAAUGUAUUAACAACUGGAGCUUCAAGUGACACAACCGAUAACAUUGCAACAACAACAGCUGGCUACAGUGCAACAGCUGAAGCUUCUGGUGACACAACAGUGACAACAACAGCUGGCUACAGUGCAACAGCUGAAGCUUCUGGUGACACAACAGUGAACAAUGUAACUCCAGCUCCACCUGUUACAGCUUCUCCAGUCAACACAACAAUGAGGAAUGUAAUAACAGCUGGAGCUUCUAGUAACACAAUGGUGAACAAUGUAACAACUGGAGCCCCUAGUAACACAGCUGGCUACAGUGCAACAGCUGAAGCUUCUGGUGACACAACAGUGAACAAUGUAACUCCAGCUUCACCUGUUACAGCUCCUCACAUCAACCCAACAAUGAGGAAUGUAAUAUCGACUGGAGCUUCUAGUGACACAGCAGUGAACAAUGCAACUCCAGCUCCACCUCCUACAGCAUCUCCAAUCAACACAACAGUAAAGAAUGUAAUAUCGACUGGAGCUUCUAGUGACACAACCGAUAACACUGCAACAACAGCUGGAGCUUCCAGUGACACAGCAGUGAACAAUGUAACUCCAGCUUCACCUGUUACAGUUUCUCCAGUCAACACAACAAUGAGGAAUGUAUUAACAACUGGAGCUUCAAGUGACACAACCGAUAACAUUGCAACAACAACAGCUGGCUACAGUGCAACAGCUGAAGCUUCUGGUGACACAACAGUGACAACAACAGCUGGCUACAGUGCAACAGCUGAAGCUUCUGGUGACACAACAGUGAAAAAUGUAACUCCAGCUCCACCUGUUAUAGCUUCUCCAGUCAACACAACAAUGAGGAAUGAAAUAACAGCUGGAGCUUCUAGUAACACAAUGGUGAACAAUGUAACAACUGGAGCCCCUAGUAACACAGCUGGCUACAGUGCAACAGCUGAAGCUUCUGGUGACACAACAGUGAACAAUGUAACUCCAGCUUCACCUGUUACAGCUCCUCACAUCAACCCAACAAUGAGGAAUGAAAUAUCGACUGGAGCUUCUAGUGACACAGCAGUGAACAAUGCAACUCCAGCUGCACCUCCUACAGCAUCUCCAAUCAACACAACAGUAAAGAAUGUAAUAUCGACUGGAGCUUCUAGUGACACAACCGAUAACACUGCAACAACAGCUGGAGCUUCUAGUGACACAACAGUGAACAAUGCAACUCCAGCUCCACCUCCUACAGCAUCUCCAAUCAACACAACAGUAAAGAAUGUAAUAUCGACUGGAGCUUCUAGUGACACAACCGAUAACACUGCAACAACAGCUGGAGCUUCAAGUGACACAACACUGAACGAUGUAACAACUGGACUCGCUAGUAACACAGCAGGUUACAGUGCAACAGUGGGAGCUUCGAGUGACACAACAGUGAGCAAUGAAACUCCAGUUCCACCUCCUACAACAUCUCCAAUCAACACAACAGUAAAGAAUGUAAUAUCGACUGGAGCUUCUAGUGACACAACCGAUAACACUGCAACAAUAGCUGGAGCUUCAAGUGACACAACUGGAUACAGUGCAAAAGCUGGAGCUUCUAGUGACACAACAGUGAGCAAUGUAACUCCAGCUCCACCUCUUACAGCAUCUCCAAUCAACACAACAGUAAAGAAUGUAAUAUCGACUGGAGCUUCUAGUGACACAACCGAUAACACUGCAACAACAGCUGGAGCUUCUAGUGACACAACAGUGAGCAAUGCAACUCUAGCUUCACCUGUUACAGUUUCUCCAGUCAACACAACAAUGAGGAAUGUAUUAACAACUGGAGCUUCAAGUGACACAACCGAUAACAUUGCAACAACAACUGGAGCUUCUAGUAACACAACAGGUUACAGUGCAAAAGCUGGAGCUUCUAGUGACACAACACUGAACGAUGUAACAACUGGACUCACUAGUAACACAGCAGGUUACAGUGCAACAGCGGGAGCUUUUAGUGACACAACAGUGAGCAAUGAAACUUCAGCUCCACCUCUUACAGCAUCUCCAAUCAACACAACAGUAAAGAAUGUAAUAUCGACUGGAGCUUCUAGUGACACAACCGAUAACACUGCAACAAUAGCUGGAGCUUCAAGUGACACAACAGAAUACAGUGCAAAAGCUGAAGCUUCUAGUGACACAACAGUGAACAAUGUAACAACUGGACCCACUAGUAACACAACAGGUUACAGUGCAACAGCAACGACACCUGGAGCUUCUGGUGACACAACACGUUACAGUGCAACAACUGGAUCUUCUAGUGACACAACACGUUACAGUGCAACACCUGGAGCUUCUAGUGACACAACAGUGAACAAUGUAACUCUAGCUCCACCUGUUACAGCAUCUCCAAUCAACACAACAAUAAAGAAUGUAAUAUCGACUGGAGCUUCUAGUGACACAACCGAUAACACUGCAACAACAGCUGGAGCUUCCAGUGACACAGCAGUGAACAAUGUAACUCCAGCUUCACCUGUUACAGUUUCUCCAGUUAACACAACAAUGAGGAAUGUAUUAACAACUGGAGCUUCAAGUGACACAACCGAUAACAUUGCAACAACAACUGGAGCUUUAAGUAACACAACAGGUUACAGUGCAACAGCUGGAGCUUCCAGUGACACAACAGUGAACAAUGUAACUCCAGCUCCACCUGUUACAGCUUCUCCAGUCAACACAACAAUGAGGAAUGUAAUAACAGCUGGAGCUUCUAGUAACACAAUGGUGAACAAUGUAACAACUGGAGCCCCUAGUAACGCAGAUGGCUACAGUGCAACAGCUGAAGCUUCUGGUGACACAACAGUGAACAAUGUAACUCCAGCUUCACCUGUUACAGCUCCUCACAUCAACCCAACAAUGAGGAAUGUAAUAUCGACUGGAGCUUCUAGUGACACAACCGAUAACACUGCAACAACAGCUGGAGCUUCAAGUGACACAACACUGAAUGAUGUAACAACUGGACUCGCUAGUAACACAGCAGGUUACAGUGCAACAGCGGGAGCUUCUAGUGACACAACAGUGAGCAAUGAAACUCCAGCUCCACCUCUUACAGCAUCUCCAAUCAACACAACAGUGAAGAAUGUAAUAUCGACUGGAGCUUCUAUUGACACAACCGAUAACACUGCAACAAUAGCUGGAGCUUCAAGUGACACAACAGGUUACAGUGCAAAAGCUGGAGCUUCUAGUGACACAACACUGAACGAUGUAACAACUGGACUCGCUACUAACACAGCAGGUUACAGUGCAACAGCUGGAGCUUCUAGUGACACAACACUGAACGAUGUAACAACUGGACUCGCUAGUAACACAGCAGGUUACAGUGCAACAGCUGGAGCUUCUAGUGACACAACAGUGAACAAUGUAACAACUGGACCCACUAGUAACACAACAGGUUACAGUGCAACAGCAACGGCACCUGGAGCUUCUAGUGACACAACACAUUACAGUGCAACACCUGGAGCUUCUAGUGACACAACAGUGAACAAUGUAACUCUAGCUCCACCUGUUACAGCAUCUCCAAUCAACACAACAGUAAAGAAUGUAAUAUCGACUGGAGCUUCUAGUGACACAACCGAUAACACUGCAACAACAGCUGGAGCUUUUAGUGACACAACAGUGAGCAAUGCAACUCCAGCUUCACCUGUUACAGUUUCUCCAGUCAACACAACAAUGAGGAAUGUAUUAACAACUGGAGCUUCAAGUGGCACAACCGAUAACAUUGCAACAACAACUGGAGCUUCUAGUAACACAACAGGUUACAGUGCAAAAGCUGGAGCUUCUAGUGACACAACACUGAACGAUGUAACAACUGGACUCGCUAGUAACACAGCAGGUUACAGUGCAACAGCGGGAGCUUCUGGUGACACAACAGUGAGCAAUGUAACUCCAGCUCCACCUCUUACAGCAUCUCCAAUCAACACAACAGUAAAGAAUGUAAUAUCGACUGGAGCUUCUAGUGACACAACCGAUAACACUGAAACAAUAGCUGGAGCUUCUAGUGACACAACAGUGAGCAAUGUAACUCCAUCUCCACCUGUUACAGCUUCUCCAGUCAACACAACAAUGAGGAAUGUAAUAACAGCUGGAGCUUCUAGUAACACAAUGGAGAACAAUGUAACAACUGGAGCCCCUAGUAACGCAGCUGGCUACAGUGCAACAGCUGAAGCUUCUGGUGACACAACAGUGAACAAUGUAACUCCAGCUUCACCUGUUACAGCUCCUCACAUCAACCCAACAAUGAGGAAUGUAAUAUCGACUGGAGCCUCUAGUGACACAACCGAUAACACUGCAACAACAGCUGGAUCUUCUGGUGACACAACAGUGAGCAAAGUAACUCCAGAUCCACCUCCUACAGCAUCUCCAAUCAACACAACAGUAAAGAAUGUAAUAUUGACUGGAGCUUCUAGUGACACAACCGAUAACACUGCAACAACAGCUGGAGCUUCUAGUGACACAACAGUGAGCAAUGCAACUCCAGCUUCACCUGUUACAGUUUCUCCAGUCAACACAACAAUGAGGAAUGUAUUAACAACUGGAGCUUCAAGUGACACAACCGAUAACAUUGCAACAACAACUGGAGCUUCUAGUAACACAACCGGUUACAGUGCAAAAGCUGGAGCUUCUAGUGACACAACACUGAACGAUGUAACAACUGGACUCGCUAGUAACACAGCAGGUUACAGUGCAACAGCGGGAGCUUCUGGUGACACAACAGUGAGCAAUGGAACUCGAGCUCCACCUCUUACAGCAUCUCCAAUCAACACAACAGUAAAGAAUGUAAUAUCGACUGGAGCUUCUAGUGACACAACCGAUAACACUGCAACAAGAGCUGGAGCUUCUAGUGACACAACAGGUUACAGUGCAAAAGCUGGAGCUUCUAGUGACACAACACUGAACGAUGUAACAACUGGACUCGCUAGUAACACAGCAGGUUACAGUGCAACAGCUGGAGCUUUUAGUGACACAACAGUGAACAAUGUAACAACUGGACCCACUUAUAACACAACAGGUUACAGUGCAACAGCGACGACACCUGGAGCUUCUAGUGACACAACACGUUACAGUGCAACACCUGGAGCUUCUAGUGACACAACAGUGAGCAAUGUAACUCUAGCUCCACCUGUUACAGCUUUUCCAUUCUACACAGUACUGAACAAUGUAAAAGCUGAAGCCUCUAGUAACACAACAAGUUACAGUGCAACAACUGGACCUUCUAGUGACACAACACCUUACAACGCAACACCUGGAGCUUCUAGUGACACAACAGUGAACAAUGCAACUCUAGCUCCACCUGUUACAGUUGCUCCAUUCAACACAACAAGUUAUGAUUUAACAGCAACUGGGACUUCUAGUGACAAAACGGUGAACAAUGUAAAAACAACUGGAACUUCUAGUGACACAACAGUGAACAAUGUAACUCCAGCUCCACCUCUUACAGCGUCUCCAAUCAACACAACAGUAAGGAAUGUAAUAUCGACUGGAGCUUCUAGUGACACAACCAAUAUCACUGCAACAACAGCUGGAGCUUCUAGUGACACAACAGAAUAUAGUGUAACUCCAGCUGCACCUGUUACAGCUUCUCACGGCAACACAACAAUGAGGAAUGUAAUAACAACUGGAGCUUCUAGUAAGACAACACUCAACACUGUAACAACUGGAGCCGCUAGUAACACAGCAGGCUACAGUGCAACAGCUGAAGCUUCUGGUGACACAACAUUAAACAAUAUAACUCUAGCUCCACCUGUCACAGGUUCUCGAGUCAACACAACAGUGAGGAACGUUAUAUCAACGGGGGCUUCUAGUGACACAACUGAUAACACCGCAACAACAGCUGGAACUUCCAGUGUCACAACAGUGAACAAUAUAAUAACUGAAUCCUCUAAUAACACAACAAGUUACAGUGCAAGAACUGGAGCUUUUAGUGACACAAAAGGAACAAAUAUAACUACCGAUCAACCUGUUCCAGCUUCUCCAGUCAACAUAACAGCUCAUGAUGUAACAACAUCUGUAACCUCUACUGACAUAUCAGAUUACAAUGUAACAGCAACCGGAGCCUCUAGCAAUGCGACGGAGGUGAAUGUAACUACAGCUCAGCCUGUUACAGCGUCUCCUAUUACAGCAACCAUUCACAUGUCAACAACUGAAAGUUCUAGUAACACAACAGGUUACAAUGCAGUGACUUCUAGUGAACCAAAAUUGAACAAUGUAACAACAUCCGGAACUUCUAGUGAAACAACAGGCCACAAUGCAACAACAUUUGGACCUAAAAGUAAAACAGCAGGUUACAAUAUAACAACUGAAACUUCUAGUGACAUAACAGUGAACAAUGUAACAACAACUGGUGCUCCUAGUAACACAACAGGGGCGAAUAAAACCACAUCUCAUCCUGUUACAGGGUCUCACAUUACAACAACCAGUAACAUUACAACAACAGCUGGAUAUUCUAGUAACACAUCAGGUUACAAUACAAGCAGUGGAGCACCUAGUGACACAAAAGAUAGCAAUGUAACUACAGCUCCACCUGUUACAUUGUCUCCCAUCAACUCAACAAGUUACAAUGUAACAACAACUGGAAAAUCUACAACAACUGGAGCUUCUAGUAACACAACAGGGGGAGAUGUAACUACAGCAGAACCUGUUACAGCUAAUCCUGCCAAUGCAACAGAGAACAAUGUAACAACAACUGAAUCUUCUAGUAAGACAACAGGUUACAAUUUAACAACUGGAGCUUCUCGUAACACAACAGGGGGGAAUGUAACUACAGCUCAACCUGUUACAGCUUCUCCAUUGAAUGCAACGGAGAACAAUGCAACAACAACUGAAUCUUCUACUAACAUGACAGGGGGAAAUGUAACUACAGCUCAACCUGUUACAGCUUCUCCAUUGAAUGCAACGGAGAACGAUACAACAACAACUGAAUCUUCUAGUAACAUGACAGGUUACAACACAACAACUGUUGCUUCUAGUGACACAACGGGUCAGAAUGCAACAACUGGAGCUUCAAGUAACACAACAGGGAUGAAUGUAACUGCAGCUCAACAUGUUACAGAUUCUUCAGUCAACAUAACAAAGAACAAUGCAACAACAACUGAAUCUUCUAGUAACACAACAGACAACAAUGCAGCUCAGCUUUUUACAACUUCUCCUGUUGACACAACAGUUAACAAUGGAACAACUGGAGCUUCUUUGAACGAUAAAGAUUACAAUGGAACUUUAAUAGAUUCAGUUACACCUUCUCCAAACGGUUCAGCAGUCUACAAUGUAACUACAGUUGGACCGUUUUCACCUACUUCAAAUGAUACAACACUGUACAAUGUGUCUACACCCACACUUGCCACAGCAGAGCACAAUGUAAGUACAAGUGGACCAUUCACGACAGCUCCCAAUGAAACAACGAGGAAUGUAACUACAGUCAUCACAAAUUAUACAAUGGAUAACAAUAUGACUACACCAGCCAACAAUUACACAACAGCCUUUAAUAAUUACACAGUAGGAAACUUACACAAUGGUACUAAUACAACAAUUAACGCAACAAUAAGUCCAUUUACAUCAUCGCCCAAUGAUUUGUACAUCAACAAUGCAACUACAGUCUUCAGCAAUUACACAAAACCAGAUAAUAUAACAGCGUAUACUUCAUCUCCAAGCAACAUAACUACUACACCUAUGUCAGAUACACAACAAAACACAACACAGGCUAUUGAAAACACAACAGUUAAUGAAACUGCUUUAGAAGUCACUGGAACAGUCACAACUUCAAUCAACAUGACUACGGUCAACACUAUCCGACCUACAACGGCUCCACUCAGCAACCAAACCACAACUUACACCCUAGUCAGUGUGACUAAAAACUCUACCACAGCUGCCAACAGCACGGGUCCAAAUGCUACUCAGACUGUGACUGUAGACAUUAGACCAACUGAGAACACAACUGUGAGCAAUUUAACCACAAAUGUUCCCCAAAAAGAGCAAGGAGUCAACUCAACAACUGUAGCAGCCACUACACCCCUUGAUCACAUAUCUACACCUUUAUCCAUGAACUCAACAACACCUGGCUUAAUUCCAACCCGGACAAACGGCACUACUCCCACGCUUUCCUUAACUUCUAGCUUUACCCCUACCACACCAUUUCAAACCCCCACCCUCAAUGCAUCUACAACAGCAGCAAGUAUUGAAACAACCAUCGGAGUGCUGGAGCAACAGUCAGACCAGCUGCUUAAUGAGUCACAGAAUACGUCCCAGUUCAAUGCUUCUCAGGUGCAGCAGUUGGUGGGGCAGCUGGAGAAGCUUCUGGACACCCCCAAGGUGCCUCAGUCAGUUGGACAAAAAGUCAUCACCAUCAUCAGCAACCUGAUGAACGCACCUGCUGCAGCCCUUGCAGCAUCUUCCAACAGGCUCAUACACAUAGUCGACAGUCUAGGCGUGAAGCUGGAUGUCAGUGGGACUGGGAUCCUCUCUUCCAGCUCACUGGUCCUGGCAGUGAGGACAGUGGACCCAUCCAACUUUCCUUCAACAUCUGUUGACAUCUUCAGCACUAACAACGUCCAGCUCCGUUCUCUCAGUGGUUCGCGUUCCAAGAGGUCAGCAGGAUCUGCCAUGGGGUCCGUGCAGUUACCCUCCUCCCUCACAUCAGGUCUUCCUCUUGAACAACAAAAACAGGCCAACAGGGUUCAGUUCAGCUUCUACUCCAAACCGGCUUUGUUUCAGGAUGCUACGUUAAAUAACAGCAUACUUGUCAGUUCCGUCUUGGCCUCCAGUGUUUCCAAUCUGUCAAUAAGCAACUUAAAAGAUAAUAUUGUCUUUUCCAUUUACAAUGCCAACCCUGUAAAUAACAACUAUACGGCCUCCUGUGCAUUUUGGGAUUUCACGCUGAACGGUGGUGGAGGUGGCUGGAACCUAUUUGGCUGCUUCGUUUUAAACACAACAGCAGAGCAAACAACCUGCAGCUGCAACCAUCUCACCUCAUUCGCGAUUCUGCUGGAUUUGUCCAGAGCAGGAAUAAUAGAUCGUCAGCAGGGUCAAAUUCUUACCUUCAUUACCUAUAUCGGAUGUGGAAUCUCUGCUAUUUUUCUUGGACUCACAUUAGUGACGUACCUGUUGUUUGAAAAACUGUUGCGGGAUAUUCCAGCUAAGAUCCUGGUUCAGCUGUGCCUCUCCCUCCUCUUCCUCAACAUGGUGUUUCUGGUGGACAGCUGGCUGGCGCUCUACCCAGCCAUCGGCCUGUGCAUCAGCACCGCGUUCUUCCUGCACUACUUCCUGUUGACUUCAUUCACCUGGGCCGGACUGGAGGCCCUGCACAUGUACCUGAGCGUUGUCCGUGUCUUCAAUCCAUAUGUUAGCAGAUAUAUGCUCAAGUUCGCACUCGUUGGCUGGGGUAUUCCUCUUCUCAUUGUCAUCAUUAUAAUAUCAGUGGACAAGAACAACUAUGGUCUGGUCACAUAUGGAAAAUACACAGACGGAACUUCCGAUGACUUCUGCUGGCUGCUGAAUGACAUUGCCUUUUACGUGGGCGUAGUGGCGUACUUCCUCCUCAUCUUCGCUCUGUGCUUCGUGGUCUUCAUCAUCGUGAUGGUGCAGCUGUCUCGAAUAAAGAAGCAGAACCCCCAUAACCAGUCCCCACACCGGGGAGUGAUAACUGACCUGCGCAGCAUUGCCGGCCUGGUCAUCCUGCUGGGCCUCACCUGGGGCUUUGCUCUGUUUGCCUGGGGUCCCCUCUACUUACCCUUUGUUUACCUGUUCACUAUAUUCAACUCCCUGCAAGGAUUCUUCAUCUUUAUUUUCCACUGUGCUCUGAAGGAGAAUGUUCGUAGGCAGUGGAGAACUUAUCUCUGCUGUGGGAAAUUGCGAUUGGCUGAAAACUCAGAAUGGAGUCGAACGGCCACCCAGAACAACCGUAAUACCUCAGUCCACACAGCCACCACCUCAGCUGCCCAGUUACCCUCCCGAAGCGCUUCAGUCAUCAGUGAUGCUACCGACAGCAGUGGCUCUGUGUUUGCUGAUAGCGGAAUAUCCAGCGGCUCCAAUAGCGAUGUUGUCCUCAAUGAGCUCCACAGACGAAACCAGUCACUGCAAGACGAGUCGUAAACAGUAAUUAUCUACCCGAGGGAGUCGAGGGCACAGCCGGUGAUCAGGCGCAUGAUCUCAAGAUUCUAGGAAAUCCUCAGUGUUACACAAGAUGAAGUUGCUAAAGGUGUAAUGAAGAAAACCUAAUGAGUGAAAGUGAGACUGAAGAACCUGAAGGGAAGGUGUUACGUUACAUUAUUUCUACACUUUGUAGAUGAUGUGAACAUAUUGACUACAGUAGAUGCAGUAGUUGCCUCUUUGACUGAAGACGAGUGUCCAGACUGUGUAGCUGUUAUGACUUUUGUUAUGACUAUUUUUAGUCCAGAAAUGUCAUGGCCAGUAGCCUCAGAUGUGGUAAAGCUGUUUUUCUUAUUUUUUUAUUCAUGUACAUAAAUAUAAAGAAAAUUAUUUUAUAGUGUUUAUAAUGUUUCAUGGAUCACUGCUUCUAUAUUUUCAAAAUAAGGGUCCAUUUAUUGAUUUGCAGCUCUUUUCAGGGCUGGAAAAGGCACUUUGUGAAGGACCCUGUUAACAUUUUAUAGAGAUAUGUUGCAUUUAGAGAAACUGUGUAAAUGCCAACAUUUAGCUGUUUGAAAGAGUACAGUUCUCUUUAUGUUAGAAACUGAAGAUAUUGUGUUUAUAUUGGUAAACAAUACAUUAGGUCUUUUUAAGUAAAAACCAACAGAGGUCUGGUCACAGAUCGUCUUGGAUUAUGAGCGUCCUGUUUUAUGAAGUCAGUUUCUCCUUAAACACUUAGAGCGGAGAAGGAGAAGAAGAAAACAGUAAAACCUAAUCUCAUUACCUG